AUGGCACUUCGACAUUUGUUCGAAAAAUUGCCUAUACCAAGUUUACGCUUGUAUACAUCUAUUAGUUCUUUAUUGUUAAUUGGAAAUCUUAUUUACAUAAACCAGUUGAUACAAUUCAGUGAUGAUAGUGGACAUACUCUCAAGUCUGAAUAUAACACUAUCAAUACAACAAAUUUUGAAACAGUGUCAUCUGUCAAUAUAUCUGAGACACUAAACGCUGUCAGUGGUACGAUAGUGAAAAAAAAUGAAUCGAUAUCAGCUGAGUCUUUAGCUACAAACGAUCCGUUAUCGCUUACUUAUAUUCAAACGUUAUUUUCAAUUAUGAUCUCCGAGCCAUUGUCAUUGUUGAUUUUGGUUAAUGCAGCUUAUUGUGCUCUAACAUUAGUGGGUAAAAGUAUUCAACUUGUUGUUUUUGGCACUUUACGUCCAAUAGAAGUGCAGCGUAUCAAAGACAAAUUUUGGAAUUAUGCGUUUUACAAAUUUAUUUUUUUGUUUGGUGUUCUAAAUGUUGAAGAUUUGAACGAUAUUGUUUUAUGGUUAUUAUGGUUUUCGUUACUGGGAUUUUUGAUCGUAUUUUGUCAACUCUGCAAGGAUCGUUUUGAACUGUUAUCUGUUUCGACGUCUGUUCGUUCAUGGGAACUAAUUAAAAUAAUUGGUUUAUUAAACUUUGUGUUUUGUUGUUGUAUGUCAUUAUUUGGCUUAUGCCUAUUUGGUUUAAAUAUCGGUGGUUUGUCUGUAUUCUUCUUUAUGUUAGCCGAGACUGUUUUAUUAUCAUUAGAUACUGUAUACGUAUUAGCCAAAUACUGUAUGCAUCUUUACACGUUACAACAACAUCAACAACAAAUAGCUUCAUCAUCUACAGCUAUUGAUAACAGCAAUAACAAUGAAACUCGUUUAUUAAUAGCAUAUUAUUGUGAAUUUAUCUUUGACGUAUUAACACUUACUAUCGAUAUAUGUCAUCAUUUACAAAUGUUACUUCAUUGCAAUAUAUUUUUGAGUAUGGCUUCGUUGGUCGUUUGUAUGCAAUUAAAACCAUUAAUUGAUGAGCUAAUGCAACGUAUGAAACGACACAAUUUAUAUCGAUUAGCCAUGUCCAAAAUGGAACAAAAAUAUCCGCUUUUAACAAAAUAUGAGUUGGAAGAAAAAUUUAAAAAAAAUCGCAAUUAUUCCCCGGAUGAAGUCUGUUCUAUUUGUUGGGAACGAUUUGAAAAGGCACGAUGUUUACCAUGUGGACAUUUAUUUCAUCAAAAUUGUCUACGUAGUUGGUUAGAACAAGAUCCGUCUUGCCCUGUAUGUCGGCUACCACUUCAUGAUGAAACUAGUCCGUCAGCUCCAACUACUGCCAAUGUUCAACCACAACCAGCAGCUAGUUUUAAUUUAUUUUGGCCAUCGUUUACGGUUGGAAAUAAUGCAAGAACUAGUCAACAACAGCAGCCACAAGGCGCAGUUGGCAAUGCAGUACCACGUCAACGUAAUCAUUUAUUUCGUUUUGAUGGUUCACGAUAUGCUUCAUGGUUACCCAGUUUUAGCGUUGAAGUUACUCAUACACACAAUUUUCCAUUUCGAUUUGGUCGUCAAAGAUUAUCGACUACACAACUAAAUACAAUGGUACAACAUGUUCGACAAAUUUUUCCCCAGAUACCAAACAAUAUUAUUUUAAAUGAUUUACAACGUACACAAUCAAUUGAUUCGACAAUUAAUAAUAUUAUGGAUAGACGUAUUAGAGAUUUAAAUAUAUUAGAGCAACAGGCAGACGCAACAGGAAAUCAUUUGGAUUCAUCAGACACUGACUCGUAUGGAUCUUCCUCAUCAUCAAAUUCUUCACCUUCAAGUUCAGACGUAGAAGAUUCUGAUAUAAGACAAACAACAAAUAUCAAUAAUUCAACAUUGUCUGAAUUACAAAUUGAUAAUAUGAUGAAUGAUCAAGAAUUAUAUUCUUGGCCACUUGAUCAUCGUAAGCCAUUUUCGGAUCGUAAACGACAAUUAAUCACUCAUAUGAGACGAUGUUACAUUGAACGUGAACGUAGCCAACUUCAAACAAAAUCAGAUUUAUUAUCAUCACCAUAA